AUGCCGAACACUAAAAAUUAUGACGAUAUGACAUCUGAAGAACAAAGGGAACACGACAGAAUUGCAAGAGAAAAGGAGGAAGCUGAACAAGCAGCUUUGCCUUACAGGUGGAAACAAACUUUACAAGACGUUGACGUUACAGUUCCUGUACCGAAGGGAACACGUGCACGAGAUCUAAUAGUUACGAUAAAAAAAAAACAUUUGACAGCGGGAUUGAAAAAUAAUCCACCUAUUAUUGAGGGUGAAUUAUGUAAAGAAAUUAAAGUAGAAGAUUGUACUUGGACACUGGAGGAUCAGAAAGAAAUUUAUAUUCAUUUGGAAAAGGUUAAUGGCGCGGAAUGGUGGGAGAAUGUUAUUAAAACUCAUCCUCCUAUCGAUACAACAAAAAUUCAACCUGAAAAUUCAAAAUUAAGUGACUUAGAUGGUGAAACUCGUGCAAUGGUUGAAAAAAUGAUGAUGGGUAAAAAGACAUCUGAUGAAUUGCAAAAAGAAGAAAUUUUGAAGAAAUUUCAAGCACAACAUCCUGAACUUGAUUUUUCAAAUGCAAAAAUUUCUUAA